UAUCGUUUAGUGUCGGCAACUCGGCAUCCUCUAUAUUUUUUUUUUGAACUUUCCUCCAUUUUUUCUGUACCACCGGGGGCGAAUUGGUUAGAAGUAGCAGCUCCUAAGCAAACCUUGCGCCCCUCGGCCGUCAAGGGAAAUAAUAUGGCAGUAGUGAUUGUAUCAGCCAUUGCAAACUCAGUUCUUGUUAAGGCUACAUCAUUUGGCACCGGCUGGGCUGUAAAUGCGAUCAAUUCUGCCCGAAACGUCAAAAAGGAGAUUGAAAAAUUGGAAAGGUCAUUGGCAUCCAUCUGUGCUGUUCUUACAGAUGCCGAGCGCAAGCAGUCUACUUCUUAUGCCCUUCAAGAGUGGCUGGACAAUCUCAAGGAUGCCGUCUAUGACAUAGACGAUGUUUUGGAUGACAUGGCCACUGAAGCUUUGAAGAUGGAAGUUGAUAAAGGUUUAUCGACUAGCAUAAGUCACUGGUUUGCUAGUCACUUCAAAAUGUGUAAAAGAAUAAAGGAAGUCCGUGAAAUACUUGAUGACAUUGCAUCCAACAGAGAGCAAUUUGGACUAUCCGAGCAAACAAUGCAUUCACAGGCAUCUGCGAGCAGCAACAGGGAGACACAUUCAUUCAUUGACCAAGUAGAUAUUAUUGGAAGAGAUGAAGCUAAAGAUGAUAUUGUUGGGAGGAUACUGGCAGCUGCAGACUCAAACCCUUUCUCUGUACUUCCUGUUGUUGGUUUAGGAGGCAUAGGGAAAACUGCACUUGCGAAAUUGAUUUACAACGAUGAGCAGAUCACUGGAAAGUUUGAAAAGAAGUUGUGGGCAUGUGUGUCUGAUGUUUUUGAUCUUAAGAUGAUCUUAGAUGGCAUACUACAGUCGGGUACUGGUACGAGCCACAACAAACUGAAUCUUGAGGUGCUACAGAGCAACCUACGAGGUCUUCUACGGGGAAAGAGGUAUUUGCUUGUAUUGGAUGACAUGUGGAGUGAUAAGUUGAAUGAGUGGGAAGAGUUGAGAAGCCUAUUAUCUUCAGGUGGAAACGGAAGUGUGAUUAUAGUCACCACACGUAGUUCAAAUGUUGCAUCGAUGGUGAAGACCUUGGAACCGUAUGAUGUGGCAAAACUAACACAGGAUGAGUGCAUGCAAGUAUUUAUUCAGUGUGCAUUUAGAGGAAAUGGUGAAAAGGACCCUCGGUUAUUAAAAAUUGGAAACUCGAUUAUUGAGAAAUGUUGUGGUGUUCCCUUGGCAGCGAAGACAGUGGGUUCCCUAUUAUGCAAUAGUCUAGAUGUUGAAGAAUGGGAAAGAAUCAAGGACGACAAAUUGUGGAAUAUUGAACAAGGUAUAGAUGGUAUUAUGCCAGCAUUAAGAUUAAGUUAUGAUGCACUGCCACCACAUCUACGAGCAUGUUUCUCUUGCUUAUCUGUCUUUCCCAAAGAUCAUAUAUAUUAUAAAAAUCUAUUGGUGAUGUUUUGGAUGGCUCUGGGGUUAUUGCAAGUAGGCAGUGAAAGCAAUAAAGUAUUAACUGGAGCAAAAUUCUUCAACGAACUUCUUGGUAGAUCUCUUCUCCAAGACCAACAGUAUAUUGAAUUCAAAAGCAACAUUUUUUCAUGUAAAAUGCAUGAUCUUGUUCAUGAUUUAGCAUUAUCAGUGUCAAGAAAGGAGCAUGUUGUUGCUAGUCUAGAAAAUGUUAGCGUCUCUAAAAGAGUUAGGCACAUAAUAUGGGACCGCAAGAACUUCUCAGAGGAUACAGUAUUUCCUGAAGAGCUGAAAAAUGCUUGCAAGGCGAGAAUAUUUGCUAGCGGAUGGAAUUUGGGCACUGUGAGCAAAGCCUUUCUUAAUGAGCUCUUCACAACAUUCACUCUUCUGCGUGUCUUGGUAUUUUCUGGAGCUGAUUUUGAAGAGCUACCAAGUUCGAUUAUAAAUAUGAGGCACCUAAGGUACCUGGAUCUACAGUGGAAUAGAAAAAUAAAAUUCCUACCAGAUUCUUUAUGCAGGUUAGUGAAUCUCCAAACACUACGUCUUGGUCGGUGCGACCAACUAGAGAAGCUACCAAGAGAUGUUCAUCGACUUGUCAACCUUAGAUUCUUGGUCCUCACGUCAAAGCAAAAGUAUCUAUUUAGAAAUGGCUUUUGUGGCUGGUCUUCCUUGACAUUUCUACAGUUAGCUUUCUGCCGUGAGCUAACAUCAUUGACAGAGGAAUUUGGUAGCCUGUCAGCGCUCCAAGAACUUACCAUAGGCAGUUGUCCGCAAUUGGCCUCCCUCCCCAGUGCGAUGAAGCACCUGUCCGCACUCCGGGUUUUGCAGAUUGGAAACUGCAAAGAACUGGAUCUGAUGGGACCAGGGGAUGCCUUGAGUGGCCUGGAAAGUCUUUGUAUGCUCAGACUAGUUGGGCUUCCGAAGUUAAUGGGUUUUGCAGAGAGCCUCAAAUCUGCUGCAUCCUCUCUUCAAUAUGUCUUGCUUCGAGAUUGCAAGGGACUAGAGAAGUUGCCGAGUUUCAUUCAAACUUUCAUUUCUCUUAAGAAAAUAGUGAUUCAGGGUUGCCCGGAGCUGAGCAGGAGAUGUGCUGUUGGAUCCGGAGAGGAUUACCAUCUCAUCCGCCAUGUCCCUUCGGUAAACAUCUAUGGAUAGAUGGAUAAAGGAGAACUAAGGUUGUCGGUUGUCACAGAGCUCGUGGAUUCCUAAUCCUGGAAAAAGGAACGCGUGAAAAGAUUCCUAGCGAUUGAGUAAUCUGUUAGCUGUGUGCGUGCCCGACCAAUGAAUGUUUUACCUUGCAAGUUAUGUCAUUCGUUCUACAUGGAUUCCUGCUCUUUCCAACAAACAUUGUUUAUUUGUGAAGAACACUUGCUUUGCUUUCUAUACGUAAUGUCGGCAAUUUGCGUUAACUCAGAAUAAGCUGGACAUGUGCUUCAGAUGUAAUCCAGUGCUCGAACUGCAAACACUGUUAUUUUGUGUGCUAUCUGUAAUA